GUUCUGCCUUUCUUCUUAGAGAUUCUUACAGGAUACAGACGAGGAAAGCCAACUUGUACCUCACAAUUGGGGGAUGACUUACAUUCACCAGAAUCUCUUCAGGAUAGAGACAAAUCACUCAAGGCCACAUUUUAACAGAGAGUGUACUUCACAUAUUUCCAAGAUGAGUGAGCAGGAGGUCACUUACUCAACUUUGAGAUUUCAUAAAUCUUCAGGGUUACAGAACCAAGUGAAGCCAGAUGAGACUCAAGAGCCCAGAGAAGCUAACCAGAGAGAGUGUUCACUCUCCUGGCAUGUUAUUGUGAUACCUCUUGGAAUCUUCUGUUCCAUUCUGAUGGUAACUGUGGCAGUAUUAGCAACACACAUUUAUCAGCAUAGUCAAGAAAAACGUGAACUGAAGGACGCUCUAAACAUCCUCCACCAUAACUACAGCACCAUGAAAAAUGAAAGCUAUUUAAAGGAAGAGAUGUUGACAAAUAAGUCUAUAGAAUGUGAUUCCUACAAAAAUUUUCUGGACACCCUCAAAAUACAACAGAACAAAUGCCAUGGGGAAACCAAGAUUGCUUUAAAUUGCUCACAGAACAGAGGCAAACGUGUGGAUGGAUACUGGUUCUGCAAUGGCAUAAAAUGUUAUUAUUUCAUCAUGGGCAACAAACGCUGGAAUGGAUGUAAACAGAUCUGCCAGAAUUGCAGCUUAUCUCUUUUGAGGAUAGAUGAUGAAGAUGAACUGAAGUUCCUUCGGAUCCAAAUUACUCCAGACGCUUACUGGAUUGGAUUGUCAUAUGAUAAUAAAAAACAGGAAUGGGCAUGGAUUGACAAUGGCCCAUCUAAACUAGCAGGUCAGCAGUGUACCAUGAAUGAAAUUAAUAGAAAAAAUGGGGGAAACCCUUGAGGAUAUGGACACAGGGGAAAAGUUCCUGAACAGAACACCAACAGCUUAUACUCUAAGAUCAAGAAUUGACAAAUGGGACCUCAUAAAAAUACAAAGUUUCUGUAAGGAAAAAGACACUGUUAAAAGGACAAAAUGGCAAACAACAAAUUGGGAAAGGAUAUUCACCAACCCUACAUCUGAUAGAGGGCUAAUAUCCAAUAUAUACAAAGAACUCAAGAAGUGACCCCAGGGAACCAAAUAACCCUAUUAAAAAUGGGGUGCAGAUCUAAACAAAGAAUUUUCACCUGGAGAAAUUCGGAUGGCCGAGAGGCACCUUAAGAAGUGAUCAACAUCAUUAGUCAUUAGGGAAAUGCAAAUCAAAACAACCCUGUGAUUUCACCUUACACCAGUCAGAAUGGCUAAGGUCAAAAACUCAGAAGAGAGCAGGUGUUGGCGAGAAUGUGGAGAAAGAGGAACACUCCUCCACUGCUGGUGGGGCUGUAAGAUGGUACAACCACUUUGGGAAUCAGUCUGGUGGUUCCUAAGAAAACUGGACAUGACACUUCUGGAAGACCCUGCUAUAACUCUCUUGGGCAUAUACCCAAAGGAUUCCCCGGCAUGCAAUAAAGUCACAUGCUCCAUUAUGUUCAUAGCAGCCUUAUUUAUAAUAGCCAGAAGCUGGAAAGAACACAGAUGUCCCUCAAAGGAGGAAUGGAUACAGAAAAUGUGGUAUAUUUGCACAAUGGAAUACUACUCAACAAUUAGAAACAAUGAAUUCACAAAAUUUUUAGGCAAAUGGUUUGAUCUGGAAAAUAUCAUCCUAAGUGAGGUAACCCAAUCACAAAAGAAUGCACAUGGAAUGCAAUCUCUGAUAAGUGGAUAUUAACUAGCCCAGGAGCUCUGAAUACCCAAGGCACAAAUCACACAACAAAUGACUCCCAUGAAAAAGUAUGGAGAGGGUCCUGAUCCUGGAAAGGAGUGAUCUAGCAUUGGAGGGAAUAUAAGGACAGAGAAAAAGGAGGGAGGUGAUUGGUGAAUGGAUGGAGAGAAGGAUUAUGGGACAUAUGGGGAGGGGGGAUCUGGGAAAGGGUAAAUCAUUUGGAAUGUAAACAAAGGAUAUAGAAAAUAAAAGUAUUAAAAAAAGAAAAAAAUGAAUUUUUAAUAUUAUUUUCUAUAUUCCUUGUUUACAUUCCAAAUGAUUUUCCCUUUCCCAGUUCCCCCUCCUCAUAAGUCCAAUAAGCCUCUUCCCUCUGCCCGUUCACCAAUCAACCUCCUCCUAUUUCUCUGUCCUGGUACUCCCCUUCAAUGCUGGAUCAAGCCUUUCCAGGACCAGGGACCUCUCCUUCUUCUUGGGAAUUAUUUGAUAGGUGAAUUGUGUCUUGGGUAUUCAGAGCUUCCGGGCUAAUAUCCAUUUAUCAGUGACUGCAUUCCAUAUGUGUUAUUUUGUGAUUGGGUUACCUCACUUAGGAUGAUAUUUUCCAGAUGCAACUAUUUGCCUAAAAAUUUCAUGAAUUCAUUGUUUUUAAUUGUUGAGUAGUAUUCCAUUCUGUAAAUAUACCACAUUUUCUGUAUCUAUUCUUCCACCGAGGGACAUCUUGGUUCAUUCCAGCCUCUGACUAUUAUAAAUAAGACAGCUAUGAACAUAGUGGACCAUGUGUCCUUAUUGGAUGCCAGGGAAUCCUCUGGGUAUAUGGCCAGGAGUGGUAUAGCAGGGUCCUCCAGAAGUGUCAUGCCCAGUUUUCUGAGGAACUGCCAGUCUGAUUUGCAGAGUGGUUGUACCAAGUUGCAUUCCCUCCAGCAGUGGAGGAGUGUUCCUCUUUCUCCACAUCCUCACCAUCACCUGCUAUAUCCUGAGUUUUUAAUCUUAGCCUUUCUGACUGGGGUGAGGUGAAAUCUCAGAGUUGUUUUGAUUUGUAUUUCCUAAUGACUAAUGAUGCUGAACAUUUCUUAACGUGCUUCUCAGCCAUUCAAAGUUCAUUCAGGUGAAAAUUCUUUGUCUAGCUCUGUACCCCAUUUUUAAUAGGGUUUUUUGGCUCUAAGCAUUUUCCUCUUAGCACUGCUUUCAUUGUCUCCCAUAUAUUUGGAUAUGUUGUGCCUUCAUUUUCAUUAAACUAUAAAAAGUC